CCCGUACCGAGCCCUGUCUGCUGACGGACAACAAGUAGCUCACAACGAAAAAUCUACAACGCUCUGUUCUGUUCACGACUCUCCUUGUCGACGCUUUUCACCUUAGCUCGACGCUCGUAAACUUAAUCGAUAGCAAUGCGGUGGCGCAGAGCAGGGACCAUCUUGACAUCGGACCAAACGCGGCCUUGAACGAAUUCAUUGCUAAGCAGGCGAUGACGCCCGCAAACGAAGCGUUUCAAUCCCAUCUCGAGUCCGUUCUUCUUCUGCAACCUUCAGAAAGCGACAGGCACGCCCGCCCGCCAUGCCGUUGCCGCGAGAGUUUGGAGCUGCGCCGCAGGAUCCCAGCGACGGCAACAACAGCAACAAGAAUGAAGAGAAGGACCUGCCAAAGGGCGUAGUGCUAGGUCCGGAUGGCAAGCCGUGUCGAACGUGCACGUCGGGAGCGGCGUGGAAAGCCAUGCUCAAGAAGACAUCCGGCGCAUCGGCGGCCGCGCAAACGUCCAAGGCGGCCGCGCCAGCAGACUCGUCGUCCGAAUGUCCUGCAGACGUGGAACAGCUCGGCCGCUCCUCGUGGACGCUGCUGCACACAAUGGCGGCCACGUACCCGGAACGCCCGAACGCCGAGCAGCAGCGCGACGCCGUCUCGUUCGUAAGCUCCCUGUCGAGGCUGUACCCGUGCCACUGGUGCGCCUCCGACUUUCAGCGGUGGAUGAAGGAGGCGAAGAACGCGCCGAGGGUCAGCUCGAGAGAGGAGUUCUCCCAAUGGCUUUGCGAGGCGCACAACGAGGUCAACCGGAAGUUGGGCAAGCCCGAGUUCGACUGCGCCAAGGUCGACGAGCGGUGGCGGACGGGGUGGAAGGACGGCAGAUGCGACUGACGACUCCGGAUCCGCCGGGCAACGUUUAUUUUUCCAAGCAUUCUUGUACAAAUACCGUAGACGCAAGACCACUCCGCGAUAAUCCAUGUAGACAUCCAAUAGAGACCCCUUUCGCAGCUCACGUCGAAAGCUCAACCGUGUGCCAUACUAACCUGUCUGCCGUCGCGUCGCUCUGCUCGGUACGUCGGUUACCGGUUACGACACUACAGAUGCCUUCUUCCUGUAACGUCUGUCAUCCACAGCAGGGAGCGAUCAAGCUGAGAAACUACUCGAAGGCCCAGAUCAGAUCAGGGCCAAGACCAAGGACGAACAAGAGCUGCGGGUGUUUGCUUCGCGUAGCCUUUACAGUCGAAUACAAUAAAAAAAAAGCCCUUGCAAACAGUGUGGUCCUUUG